GGCAUUGAUGCAUCAUCUAUCUAUCGCAGGUCUCGUCUUGUACAGGAUCUGUAGCGUCACAAGAGAAACAUCUCGUUCACUUACUAUGGAUGCGAUCGCCAGUGGUCGGACGGAUCUGAUGAGAGUCAAGCGGCUCAUCCUCGAAUCCGCACUCGUAUACACUGUUAUUGUGAUUCCGACAGUCGUGACUCUGUUCGCAAGGAGCGCCGCUUAUUACAGUUUUGCCAGCGUGGUGAGCCUUGCAUAUACGUGGUGCGACGUCGUUCUGAUUCGCGUCUACUUGCACCAUAGUUCCCCGAAGCGACGGGCUUAUCCUUCUAUCUUGUCCCAGUAAGAACCGGCAAAAGAUCCGCUACAGAGCCUCCUGCAGA